AUGGUGCCAUUGACCAUGACAGCGCCGAUUUGCUCUUCGUCGUCGUUCUUUAUGCACUCAACGGCUCAUAAAGUUGAUAUGUCGCCAGCAUCAUGAUUUCCAUGCGCAAAGGCACCAAUGCGUCCGAUAUCGUGGGUCAUCUUGCAGGAGGGUCCAAAGAGGGUCCAAGGGAGGUCCAGUCAUCGCCGUCGUCGUCCGGUCAAAUCUCGCUGUCUCCCCAGAAGAAUCUUCCAGCCAGGUUCCGUCUCGAGUCCUCGACCCAAACCGCCCUCUCCAUCUCCUGUUCCAACGCCCCAAUCGCAUAAUGGCCUUUUUCCAUGUCCUUCCCUCACGCCCCAUUGACUGCGCUCAUCAGCUUUGUUGAUAUGGCGAUCACCACCGCCGUCGCAUUGCCAUCGUUCAAUUUUCGCCCCUUCAUGUUGUCCAAGUGCGCCGACCGGCAUGUGUCGAACCAUUGCUCAAGUGGGACAUGCCGAGGAUGGACUCCGUCUUCUCCGAUUGUGGUGAGCCGUGAACGGCAAGAUCAGUCGUUGGUCUGGCCAGACCCUCGAAUCGUGCAGAUGCCGGUGGAACAACUUCGGCAUCACCAUAUCGCUCCUCUCUUCGUGAUAGGGAUCAAUUUGGGCCGGAUCAUCGUCGAUAAGACCGGCGCAUUACUCCAAGCUGUCCUUCGCGCCGUGUGUAGCCAUGUCCGCAAGGCGACAUUGUCGAAGAGGACGCGUCGAGUCGGUGGAUUGUUGACGUGCCUGUGCAAUGCAGCCAUCGUAGCAAAAGUUGGUGAUCGAUUCCCUAUUCACUCGCUCACCAGCCAAGCCCUUUGCACUCUCCCUUACCCAGUCCAAUUGCGGUCCCCUUGCGCUCUCCUCGUCGCGUGAAUCCAACACAUUCCGAUCCGAUCAUCAAGUCCAACGGCGGUUUCGUAGUAUGGAUCGUUUUGGAAGGCGUAACACAUCGUGUGUAACCGGGCCACAAUCGGAAGUGGUUGAAAAGGUGGGCAUACCGAUGAAUGUCUCCGAGUGAACACCGGCAUCAAGAACUCGGACACAUUCGUAGGUGACUUGUUGAGACCUGAGGAUGCGUCCAAAUGUAUCGAAUUUUGC